AUGACUUUGAACCCACACGUGCACGAUAACCUCAAGGCCAUUCAACAGGCAUUGAGUAACUAUGAUAUGUCGUUCCUAUCGGAUGAUGAAGAAGAUUUUUGUCCAUUAUGUCUUGAACCAAUGGAUAUCACAGAUAAGAAUUUCAAACCGUGUCCCUGUGGCUACCAGAUAUGUCAGUUUUGUUACAACAAUAUAAGACAGAAUGAAGAGCUAAACGGUCGUUGUCCUGCGUGUCGUCGUAAAUAUGAUGACGAGUGUGUAGAAUACGUCGUACUGUCGCCAGAAGAACUCAAAUUGGAGAGGGAGAAACAAUCUAGAAAGGAAUGGGAAAGGAAACAACGUGAUAAAGAGCGUAAGGAAAACGAGUAUGCCAAUAGAAAACAUUUGGCCGGAAUGAGAGUGAUUCAAAAAAAUUUGGUCUACGUUGUGGGUAUUAAUCCACCUGUGCCAUACGAAGAAGUCGCAUCUUUGCUGAAAUCUGACAAGUAUUUUGGCCAAUACGGUAAGAUAAACAAGAUUGUGGUCAAUAGGAAGAAUCCACACUCUAGCGCUAAUGAUCAUUAUCAUGCAAAUAUGAAUAAUAUCGUACCUGGAUACGGUGUUUAUAUCACGUUCUCUAAGAAAGAGGAUGCCGCCAAGUGUAUCGCCCAGGUCGAUGGUACUUAUAUGGAUGGCCGGUUGGUUAAGGCAGCAUAUGGUACUACGAAAUAUUGUUCCUCUUAUCUAAGAGGGUUACCAUGUCCAAACCCAAAUUGUAUGUUUUUACAUGAACCAGGCGAAGAAGCUGACUCUUUCAAUAGAAGAGAGUUGAAUAACAAACAACAGGCUGUGCCAGCACAUCAAGCUUUGCCACAACAAACUCGUUCCCAUGUUACAAGUAACGUAUACAAAAGCACUUCAACGGGGAGUGCAGUCAACGGAUCAGGUCAUUUCUCGGGAACUCCAUCACCAGCUCCUGCAAAGGUUCAAUUGCAUCACGAUCAUCAUCAAAAUGGGACGGGUUCUUUGACACCAGUGCUGAUUCCAGCACCAGUACCAACUGGAUCAAAUCCUUGGGGGGUUACUCAACCAGCUACACCAAUUGCUUCCAUCAAUCUAUCCAAAAACAGCAGUGCUCAUAAUUUACCCACUUUGAGUCACUCUUUAAAUCAAAGCUCAUCACAGACUCAACAGGAACAAACUACUGGUGGUGGUCACAAGAAGAAACAUCAAAACUCCAAUGAUAAAGAAUUUAUUGAUCCUUAUGAUUCCCUAGGGAGUGCAGUGAGGUUUUUAGACGCCAGAAUUACUUCUCUUUCCGAGUACAAGAACCAAGAUAUUCAUUUGAAAUCGGAUCUGAUCGACGAGGAAACUUACCAAAGAUAUCCAUCUCUCUUCUCUUGGGACAAGAUUGAGGUCUCGGAAGAAAGUGAUGGAGAUCUGACCAGAAAAUUAGUCGAUAUCUUGGCAAUAAAUCCAGUUGAUUAUUCGGCAUCUGUCAUCUCUUUUUUGCAAAAUGCUAGCGCUAGCGCCAGUGCCAAUCCAAAUGCUUAUACCCCAAUACCGCAGCACAUCAUGCCACAACAAGUGGCUCAAGCUUCUCAACGUCCACUGAAGGUCAAUACUCCUCCUCCACCGGGAAUGUUCACUCCACAUCAGGCUGCCAUGCAACAGCAACAACAGCCACAACAACAACAACAACAACAACAACAACAGCAGCAGCAGCCACCAAAAGGCGAUAACGGUGGCGCAACCUACUCGACUGAUUUUUUGAAUCAAUUAAUCAAUGGUAGAAGAGUCGCAGCCAGCAACUAA